AUGCAUGCUGUUAUUGCCAAAAAGAAAAUUGGCUUCAUUGAUGGCACAAUUGAAGAACCGUCUCAAGAUGCAAAUUCGACCGAAUUUGAACUCUGGAAUCAGUGCAACAGUAUGAUAAUAUCUUGGUUAACUCAUUCAAUUGAAGCAGAUAUCGCUAAGAGUAUUAUUCACGCCAAGACAACUCAUCAAGUAUGGAUUGAUCUUCACGAUCAAUUCUCACAAAAGAAUGCUCCAGCAAAUUUUCAGAUACAAAAUUCGAUAGCAAUGAUAUCACAGGGUACCAUUACACUGUUAGCAUAUUUCACCAAGCUCAAAGCACUCUGGGAUGAAUUAGAAGUGUACUGCACACCAUUUACUUGUAAUCAACGUCAAAUACAUGUUGAUCAACGCGAUGAAGACAAGUUGAUGCAACUACUCAUGGGGCUCA